GUGACAGAAUCGAGCAGUCUCUGCACAAUCUGCUACCGGUCGCCACAACCAUCCUGCCAUGCCCUGCUUCUCUGCUUUCAGCCACACCAUAUCUCUGUACACGUCUGUGUGUACUGUAGUUUAUUGCUGAUAUACCGCUGGAGCUUGCUGUGUGGACUGGUACACACCUCAUCUCUUGCCUGAGUUUUUGGAGGGAGUCUGUCGGGGCCUCAGCCCGUUGCCGUGCUACAUGGAUAGAGGAAUGGCUGCCAUGAGGCUCUGGGUUUUUGCUGUUCACGUUUGUCUUAAUGUGAUUUGCCAGGCUAAAACGGAGGAUUACCGUCCAUGUGAAGGCUGUAGGAACUUCUCGAUGCCAUGCCCUCCCAUGGGCGGUGAUGAGAGGACCAUCAAUCUCACCAGAAACGGAAAACGUCUGCACUUUUUGAACUAUGGCAGCACUAAUCAGACUCUGACUCAGCCCACUACGGUCCUCAGCACCAGAGAGUUCAUCCAGCACAUAAACAAAUCGGAUAAAACGUCUUACUUCUCGAUUUCGCAAAUGAACAUCAAUUCCUCCGGGUUCUACGCUUGUGAGGUCUGUAUCCUCUACCCGCCACCAACCUCCUGUAAAUGCAACUCAGAAGUCGUUGUGUUCCUAGAGAACAGCUGUCCUUCUGAGAAGCCUCCUGUGGAAGGGACCGUCCCGCCACAUUGCCCAAGCCUUAUCCCUGACCACAGACACAUCCCUCUCCUGGUGGCUCUCGGCUUGGUCACCCUCUACGGUCUCCUCCUCACCCCGGUCACCUUCAAAUUCUGGAGAGCAUCGAGAAAGUCACAAUUUCAGGAUCACGACUACAUAAACAUGAGACUGUUUGGCCGGGGCAAGUACAAUGGGGUUCAGCACCCAGUCCACCCAGGAAAGCAUUAACAUGUAACAUAUGCAUGGAAAAGCGUGAGGAAGGCAAUCAGUCAGACAGAAGCCUCCGUAAUCUGUACAAGCCUUAUCCAAAGGACAAUCUGUUAAAGAAUUUGGUGUGACUUUUUGACCACUGUCUGUGGUGUGUUGAUUUGAUUCGGUGGGUGAGUCUGCUCAGUAAUUGUCAUCAAAAAUUGUCUUUACAACACGCUGAGGUCAUGUAUCUGUACAUUUAAUAAAAAUAUAAUGUAAAAAAUAAUGUGCUAUAAUAAUAAUAAUCUGACUGCUCCUGAGAAUGAAAGCCUAAUGUGUCGGUAGGAUGAGGAACUGAGCUAAUGGUCAAGUAGCCUUGUCAUCAUGUGUAUGUCUGUACAGUAUACCAGUGUUUUAUCCCUGGGUUAGUGUGAUCAUUUAUGUGUGUUCUAGAAAUAGUUGACAUGGGUUUCAUGUAUUAAAUGGCCUUCAUGUAGACUGUUAUUGGCUAUUGCAUUUUGCUAUUUUUCUGAGGGCAACUGAGCAGACUGUGCAAUAUGACAAUCUACUGCUGCAACAGUGUGGUUAAAACUGAAAAUGCUUAGCUCACGAUGUUAAUGAAUGAUUGCACGAAAGGAAGUCUGUUGGUUAGCUUUCUCAACGCAGGGGGACUCCUCCCCUCCUCCUCUUCCGACCACCACCAUAUUUUGCCCAGUUCGUUGGGGGCCAAGCAGCCAAGUAGCGAAGGCACUCAUGUUUCUAACUUUUUUUUAUUACUAUCAUUACACAUAUUUGUUCUGGUAAAAAAUUGCACAGUUUUGCACACUGGUUUUGGACAGUCCCAUGAUUCCUUUCACCAAGUUUCAUGUUUGCACCCCACAGGUCAAAUUUUAUGGUGUGUUGGGAUUUUUUUUUUUCUUUCUUUAAACUGUAUAUUUUUUGGGUGUUUUUUGCCUUUACUUGGACAGGACAGUGAAGAGAGGGGAGAGAGAGAUGGGGUAGGACCGGUACAUGACCACAGGUCAGACUCGGACUUGGGUCCCCGUGGGUGCUAGGACCCAAUCAUGGUAUGGACGCUGUAGUCCGUAGCUUGUUGCUCCACAGUUCUACCCAUGUGUUGGUAUUUGGUACUUACCAGCAGUGUCUGGUAAUAUUAUCAGAGGCCCCAACGUUGGGACAUGCAAACUUGUAACAUUGACUUAACCGAUUUUGGGCACCAUAUUCAAUUUUCCUGAAAACGGAACAAAUUUUGUCCAAUUUUCAGGAAAUUUACCAUAGAUUGUCUUCAGACCAGGCCCCCCAAGCUACGAAUGCCACUAUCAGUGAAGUUGUGAAAACCUAAGGAAACCUUAAGGCUUAUACCCUACAUUUUAGCCUUUCCCCUAAACUUUUUAUCCAUUUAUUCAUGUGCCCUUUUAAUUCAUUUUACCCUCUUCUUUGAUCUAUUUUACCAUUGUUGUCUUUGUUUUAUAAUUUAUUUUACCUUUUUAUUUUACCAUUGUAGUAUUUCAUUGUAUUCUUUUUCAUUUUUACUGUAUGUGUUCUCUGCUGUGCCCAGUUUUAUUUGCCAUAUCUUUUUUUUAUGCACUGAUGAUAGUCAUAGUAAAUUCCAAUUCCUAAUGUACUAUAAAGCCAAUGUCUUGUGUGCCAUUAAUCCCAGAUGUUCCAUUUGUAGAAAUAUCCUAGAAAUAAACAACUUUUGCCAUUUCA